AUGGAGCAGCAAAUAACACUGAAUCACGAGGCGUCCGCCGGCGACACCCACAAACGAUCCACAUCCACCCUGCCCCCAGAGGUGGUGCAAUGCCUCGAGAAUGCCCGCUUCCUCCACCUCGCGACCUGCACCGACAACCAGCCGCACGUCUCCCUCAUGAACUACACCUACCUCCCCUCGAGCCCCUACUCCCCCGCCCCCGUCAUCGUCAUGACCACCAACCCGGCCAGCAAGAAGACCAACAACCUCGUCGAGAACCCCAAUGUCUCCCUGCUCGUGCACGACUGGGUCUCCCACCGCCCGCCGACCUCGCACCGCCGCCCCUCGGGCGGCUCCCCCGGCCCGGAGCACCGCUCCUCCCUCGCCUCCCUCCUGCUCAACCUCAACACCUCGGCCGUCUCCUCCAUCAGCGCCACCAUCGGCGGCUCCGCCCGCCUCGCCGAGCGCGGGUCCGACGAGGAGGCCUACUACCGCCAGCAGCACCUCGAGAACAACACCUUUGACCAGGAGGUCGUCCCGGGCGCCUUCCACAGCCAACACCAGCAACAACAGCAGCAAGACAGCAACAGCACGGGAGAUGGCCAGGGCUGCUUCGUCGCGGGCGAGGAGGUCAGGGUCGUGGUGGUCAACAUCAAGGACGUGAGGAUCAGCGACUGGAAGGGCCAGGUCAGGGACUGGGAUAUCGUCCCGCAGGACGGCCCGGCGCCGGCGAUCAACGGGGCGAGGUAG